UGUGCACAAAGGAAGGUACUUUCCUGUUUCUUUAAAGUAGGAAGUUGAAAUCAAAAUGAUUUUAACAAGUCCCAAGCAAUGACUACACAGAAAACAGCAGAAGGUCAUAAAUAACAAAGGCCAUAGGAAUGUAUCAAUGAUUACCUGAAUAAAGGAAAGAUGAAUAACCCAAUCCAUAGACAGAGGAUUACGAAAUCUGGCUGGUUACGUAAACAGGGUGGUAUGGUCAGAACAUGGCAUAGACGAUGGUUCUGUUUAAAUGGUGACUGUUUGUUCUAUUUCACAAAGGAAGAUGACCUGCGACCUCAAGGAUCCAUUUUCUUGCCUGGAAACAGAAUAGCUGAGAUUCAAUGGACACCAGAUGAUUCAGAUAAAUAUCUAUUUGAAAUUUGUCCAGACCCAGAACUGUGUAAAACCCAGUCGAGAACAGCACCAAGUGAAGUUUUUCAACUCUGUGCCGGUAAUAAUGACGAAAGACAGCAAUGGAUGAAAGCUAUAAGAAAAGUCAUAUACUCAGAUAUUGGAGGAGCAAUUUUUGGUCAGAGUAUAGAGGAGACAAUGAUGUAUGAGCAGCGAAUGAGGAGAUCUAUUCCAUAUUUGAUUGAACAGAGUGUAGAAUUUUUAACACAAUAUGGUCUAGAAGUUGAAGGUAUUUUCAGAUUACCAGGAAGAACAACAUUAAUUAAGGAGUUAAAAGACCGAUUUGAUUGUGCUGAAAGAAUUGUAUUUGAUAUAUCAGAACAUGAUGUACAUUCGGUGGCAUCCCUGUUAAAAAUGUACUUCAGAGAACUUCCAGAAUCCAUUAUACCAUCAUCCUAUUAUCAGCGAUUGAUGAAUGUUGCCAUGAAUUUUCAGGAUGCUAAAGAAACUGAGAAAAAGACAGAAGCUGUUGCAAAUGCAGCUAACGCAUUAUCAAGCCUUCCGGACGAUAAUUAUCUUAUUGUCAAAUAUUUAUGUAAAUUUUUAUGUGAAGUGGGAGAAAAAUCGCACAUCAAUAAAAUGACAACUUUAAAUCUUGCAACAGUUUUCGGACCAAACAUAAUACGUAAUGUAAUUGAAGCAGAUAGUCCAGAACUAAUGAUGGCUACUGCUGAUUUAACUCAACAGUUAUGUUUCAUGUUGAUAAAUAAUUGUGAGGACAUAUUCAUCGACAAAAAGGAAGAAGAGAAAUUGGAAGAGACAAAACCUGAAGUUCCUGUUGAAAAUUUGUUAGACUUUUCUGAUAAACCUGAGUCGGCUGAUGAAAUUAAGCCUCUUCCUCGAAUCUCUCUGAGAAAUAAUAAAGCAGGAUCAAGAGGCUCAUCUCUUCUUACCUCAGUAACAGAAGAACUUGAAAAAAGGAAAGAUAACAAUAUAUUACAACCAUUAUUUCCAUCUUGUAGGAAUUCAGAUAAACAAAAUACUAGUGGAAUAGAUUUGUUAGAUUUUACAGAACCUGUCAAAAUAGAAUCUGAUAAUAAUAAUAUUAUAUCACCUCCUGAUCCCCCAAAACAGAAACCCGUUCCACCAGCUAGAAGGAAGAAGAAAAGUCAAAAUGGGGGUGACGAUAUAUCCCCUUCUUGCACAUUGUCUCGAACCAGUAGUACCGAGUCUGAAGCAAUACAAGAUCUCAAAAAUCAAAUCGAACAACUAAAAACAGAAUUAGAAAGCACUCGUAAAGAAUGCGAGGCAAAAAUUCAGGACCUUAAAACCAAUUACAAUGGCAAAAUAAAUGUUUUACGUACAAACAGUGCAAAUAGUGAAAGAAUAUACAAAGAACGAAUUCAGGCAAUUAACCAGUCACAUUCAGCUCAGAUGGAAGAUUUAAAAAAGGAACUUGAAAAAGGAAGAAUAGAUAGAGAUGGUGCUGUUUCAAAAGUUAUGAAGUUACAGACAGAACUUAAUCGUUAUCACCUUCAGUAUGGACAACUUCAUAGUCCAACUUAAUUUUAUGGUUAAAAUUCUAUAUUAUACUAUUUGUUUGUAAGUAGAUAUUCUGUUGAAUAUACUUCACAUAUACAGUAUACUGACAGAUGUCCUCUCCUAUUGGUCCUUAUACAAAAAUUUGUUCCACCACUCAGGCUUCCAUUUUAAAUUGAGCCUCAUUUUGAAAAUUAUGUCCUGUUAUUUUGGUGAUGAAUUUUAAAACCUUCUUAGACUGAAGUUGUAAAGGUUAAGAAAAGAUUGUUGACUUACGAGGAACUAUGUUAAACAUUUUU